UGAAAACAUCCCUCUUCUACAGUCUGACGAGUAACACGACUUCACCGUUCGUUCGUUCUUUCAAUUGCUUGAAACCCUAAAAUUCACAUAUGUAUGUUCUUCGCUUGUUGCUGCAACCGACUGCUUCGGGGACGACGGGGAGGACAAAUUGACUGAAGUGCUGGUGAUUUCAGCUCCGUUCUUUGCUAUUCUCUGGCACUCUGCUGUCUCCUGUUCUAGUCUCUGCUGGAGCUAUUCUGUAUUCUCUUCAUUGGUGUCCCUGUUCGUUGCUUGUUCUAGAGUUCUGGUCAACUCAGAAUUGUGAUGGAGAAGGAGAGUCCAACAGUGGGGUCUACUCCAACAACCCAAAGUGCUCCAACAGUAGGUGAAAGUGCAAGUGCUCCUCCUAUCCAAACAAGUCCCAAUGUAGGAGCUGAAAAUGAGGUAAUAUCGAACUCAAACCGUGCUUCUGUUGAGGAAAAUAUUGAGGUAAAUUCCAGAAACAAUAGGAGACAUAAAUCACCUGCUUGGGAUCAUUUUGAAGAGAAGUAUGUUGGUGGAAAACGGAAAGCAAUGUGUCCCGAUUGUAAGAAGGUCUUAGGGGGAGAAAGUAAGAAUGGGACUAAGCAUUUGCUUGACCAUAUGAAGUCAUGUUUGUAUAAGAAACAAAAGACCAUAAACCAAUCUAUAUUGAAUCCUACAAAAUCUAAUGAUGGGUCGAUGAAGCUUGGUACUUACACUUUCGACCAAAAUCAAGCGAGGGAAGAGCUUGCAAAAAUGAUUUCUUUGCAUGACUACCCACUAUCUAUGGUUCAACAUGUGGGCUUUAAAAGGUACUCUCAUGCUUUACAACCAUUAUUUAGAGUGGUUUCACGAAAUACAGUCAAGAGUGAUAUCAUUUGGAUUUUUGAGUAUGAAAGGGAUAAGACAAUGAAAUUAAUGGAAUCAAAUGGAAGCCGAAUUGCAUUGACAACCGAUAUGUGGACAUCAAGUAAUCAAAGAAGAGGAUUCAUGGCCAUCACUUCACACUUCAUUGAUGAUUCAUGGAAAUUGCAAAGUCGUCUUGUGAGGUAACUAUCAUUAUACAUGUAUUUAUUAUUGGUAAACCAAUACUAUUAUUAACUAUUAUUAUU